AUGUCAGGGAUGAAUAGUGAUCAGCUGUAUCGCUCCACUUUAGGGAUUUACUCGAGCUUGAUCGACGAGUUCAACCCAAGCCUACAGAAACUGGUCUCACUGGGUAACAGCUAUGUCCAAGCUUUCCAGGCUCUUGCUGUAACAAGUGAGGCCUACUUCAGUGCACUUUCAAAGAUUGGAGACAAGGCUUUCCACACCAUAUCCUCACACUCCCUAGGAGAUGUCCUGAGUCAGAUCUCUGAGAGUCAAAGAAGACUCACCAUGGAGCUGGAUGGAGUAUUCCGCUGGUUCAGUGUGGAGGUUCUUCAGGAGAUGGGCAACAACAUUAGACUGGACAGAGAUUACAUAUCAGAUAGUAGGAAGCAGUAUGAGAUGGAAGUCCACAACCAGGCAGCAGCUCUGGAGAGACAGCCGAGGAGAGGAGCCAACCAGGAUUGUAGUGAGUAUGUGCAGUUCCUCAGGGAGAGCCACAGCAAAGCUGUAAAGGAGGAGGAGAGGAGGUACCGCUUCCUGUCUGAGAAACACUGCGGCCUGAUACAAUCCAUCGCCCACCUCAUGAAUAAGACAGGAGGUUCCCUCCAGCAGACAGCUAAGGCCUGGACGAAGGAUGUGGACGCCACCAGAAGACCUGAGACCAGAGAACCCGAGGCCAGACGACCCACUUAUGCGGACAACUCUGUGGGGAUGGAGGAUGAGGACAUGAGGAAGAGCAGAGAGGAGCUGCGCAUCGGCAAAAUACCAUCAAGGGCGCCGUCUCCCCAGGGAACCAUUUCUCGCUCUACUGGAGGAAGAUCCACAAGGGCCUGGGUGGCCCGAGUGGCCCACCAGCCUAGUGGCUCCAACCCCACCCUGCUGCCCUUCUCCAAGGGAGAGAUGAUUACUGUGCAGGUCCAACAGUCGAGGAACGGCUGGCUGUAUGGACGUGCUGAAAACAGUUCACGUCAGGGAUGGUUUCCAGCCGACUAUGUGGAAGCAGUGGAUGAUCCUCCAAAGACAACCAGCUAUGGCUCCUCUCUCCAAAGCAGCAGCAUCAUGAGCAAGCUGCUCAACCAACCAGGAAGCAGCAGCCACGGCGGAGCUCCGGCCGCUCCACCUCCACCACCUCAAUCUUCAAAUAAACAGCAUGAGAUGCAACCAUUCACACCGACUUCUGGCAAAAGGGGCGAGUCUUAUUCAGAAUACAAGAGAUCAAAACCACAUGAAUCACAACCAGGACUCUUCCCAAGGGGUACCAACCCAUUUGCCACAGUUAAGCUGAAGCCCACGUCCACCGAUGACAGAUCGGCCCCGCGUGUAUAUCGACGAUGACAUCUUAACCCUGA